AUGAGUAGAUUAAUUCUUUUUUUUGUACUUUUAAAUUGUUUUGUUUUGUUAGUUUCUUGUGACUGUAAAGCAAAAAGCGUGUGUUUUGAAAAAGAUUUUCAAUGCACCAAUCCUACAUUACCAGGCUUUUGCUCCCAAAAUCUUUAUUGUAAAAACGAUAGCAACCCAAUAAGCUCCACUAAUGUAUGUUCGGAUUUUGAAAAAUGCUCUUCCGAUUCAAACUCAAAUACAUGUAAAAAUAAAAACUUGGGUGAAUUUUGCACUCAAGGAAUAUGCCAAGUUUUAACAAACCAACCAAAAGGAGGACAAUGUUAUACAAAUGAAAACUGUGCUUCUAACUUUUGUAACAAUGGUGUAUGUGCACAAAACGAUAAAUGUAAAAAAGAUUCUGAAUGUGAUAAAAACAACUACUGUUGGAAAGCUUUUGAAAUGUUAGAAGUUGGUAUUUGUACUAUUCGUAUAAAAGAAAACGAAAAGUGUGAAAUCUCUAAUAGUUGCGAUUUAGGAUUAACUUGCGGAAAUGGAAAAUGUAUACAACCUUUCACUGGAAACGAAAAUGAUAUUUGCAUCCCAACUAAAAAAAAUGAACCAUACAGAGAGUUUUGUAACUAUGAAAAAAAUUUAUAUUGUGGUGUGGUCGGAAACACAAACAAAUGCAUACCAUAUGAUCAAUCUAAAAGAAAAUGUCAAUUGGACAGUGAUUGCCAAACUCCACUUGAAAUAUGUAAAUGUGACAGUACAAAUGUCAAAGGUGAAGGAACUUGUGUACCAAGAAUCAACAUUACAUCACAAUGUCAAAAAGAUAUAAGUAGCUAUCUUACCUGUAUGAAACCAGGCGGUGGCGAAUUCCUCUCUUAUUAUGACUAUUUUGCAUGUUCUGAAAGAUUGUGUGAUUUCCAAAAAUCAUGCCUUGUAAAUGAAUAUGAAGAAAUGGAUUGCUUCUCAAAUUCGCAACUCAUCUGUCCAAAGGAUAUUUCAUCAACCAAUUCAUCUACUCCAUCACCAAAACCAUCAGAAACACCUGAAACACCUGAACCUACCAAUUCAACUUCCCCAUCAGAAACACCAUCAACAACUCCAUCACCUGGAACCAAAAAACCAGUUGAAGAUAGUGAUGAUAAUUUUUAA